UUUCACACGCCGACAGCAAGAGGAGGAGGAAGAGGUGGAGUACUUGGUAGCCAGAAUCCCAAUCCAGAGACAAGGAGACGGAGACACAGACUUUGAAGAAGACGACGAAUGGAGACACAUGUUGUCAUGUUGACAAGUGCAAGGGAGUGGGCGUCGAUGUUGGCGCUGUGCCUGCUACUGCCCGGGCUGAGGGUGGGAGACGGUGCCUCGGUCACCUGGGGACAUGUCGGCAAAUAUGCCAGCCCGUUGCUCACCGAGGAUGUUUACCUAACGCCCUCGGCCCCCGGCCGGGAUCUCGUCUACGGCUCGCAGAAUGCCAGCGAUAACUACCGGAUUACGGGUAUUCAUGUCGAGGAUCUGGGCGGUGGAGCCGAGGCCCAUCUUACAGCCGGUGGCAUUGGCCAGAAGUUUGUGGUCUUGCGUUGCCAGAGGAACCAGACGGGGAGCAUUGAGGGCCCAGCUCAUCUGGAAGUGGCCAUCUAUGGCCUGGACCUAAUCUAAUAAGUGCUACAUGGUGUGUGUUUGUGCUGUGUUUUUUUUUCUGUUUUACGAGAGUAAGCAGCACUCUUAUGGACUCGAAGUUGUAAAUAACAAUUAGUGUAGAAAAUCUAGGAAAAGAUAAGAACGUUGAGAGAGGUGCACUGGGAAGAAUAGGCUAUAAUUCUACAUUUUAAAAUAUUAAAUUAAUAAUUUUAUUUUAGUUUAGAUUCUAAAUUGAAGGUAAAAUAAUGUUACUAGGGAAAAAUAUUUUGAAACAUAGUAAAACUAUAUUUUUUAGGCUUUAUUUAU